AUGGGUGGCCAUGCAGUUCGUGUUGCGGUUAUCUGCAGCUGGAUCGUGCAAUUCACAGCGCAGGCAGAGGACCCGAGCAGGCGUGCCGGUGAUGCGGACUGGGCUCGAGGAUUAUGCAGCCGGAGCUAUGUGGAUGCCUACACAGGAACCGCACGCUCCUUCGAGAGACAUUUGCCUCUGAGCGUCUUGGAGAGAUGCAAAAAGCAGACACCCUCCAAGGGCUCGUGGAUCUGGGAGGGCCGGAACUGGUGCUGGGAGGCGGUGAAGCGCCGCGCCUGCUACGGGCACCAUUCCUGGCAGGAUGCCCAAAGGAUGGCUGCGGAAGACAAGGAAGCUCCGCGCCUCGAAGACCUGCUCCUGCCUGCGCUGCAGGAUGCCGAGCGCUGCGACGUGCCGAAGCUUGGUGCGUCGCUCGAGCCGGAUCCACCGUCUCAAGGCCUUCUGCUCCCGGAGCGCGAAGACCGCGUUCAGGAUGAGCAGAAGUAUGUGAACUACCAGAUCGAAGCUCACGAAGCUGAGUUUUGGUUUCAGCGACACGUGGCCGUCUACGUGUUGAAUCUGCCAACCGCCACCGACCGGUGGUCACGAAUCUCGAGGCGGCUGGAGGAGCUCCAAAUUCACGCUGUGCGCGUGCCUGGGAUCGAUCUUUCCGGACCGGGUGCCAUCCAGCAAGCGCAAGAGGAGGGCCUUGUGCCGCUCCAGUGGAACUUCUCCGCUGCCAAGCAGAACAUGGUAAGGCUCUUGCAGAACAGUAGUGAGGCCGCAGCCCGGAGGUACCUCGACAACUAUGGGCGCGGAACAGUAGGUUGCGCGGCCGCCCACCUGAGAGCCAUGUGGCAGGCUGCUAGCAACGCUCACCGCCUGGAAAAGCCCCUGGCCCUCAUCCUGGAAGAUGAUGUGAUGCUCGAGGACGACUUCAAGCUCAAGCUGCGGCGCCUGCUACGAACUGAGGCCCCGUGCGACUGGGAGGUGAUCUCCCUUCGCUCACAGUGCCCUUACGGCGUUUGUGUAUCUCCGCACCUCACGCGGGUACAGCCCGAUGCUAACGAGCCAGAGGAGAUGUGCAGGCAUGGAGUGAACUAUGGCUUCUACGCCAUGGUCUACCGUGCUGACUCACUGAUCUCCAUCGCCAACAAGCUCCACCAGCGCAUUUGGGAUGAAGCGAGGCCUGGCUGCCUCGCCAACGACGUCGCUUUGGCCUCGCUGGCAGAGGAGGUGGUCUACUACGCGGUUCCCUCGUCACAGGCCGUUUGCCGAGUUUUCUCUGGGGAACCUGACAGAAACCUCACUGGGCACUUGGGCGCACUGCGAAACCAUGCAUCUCUUGCAUUUUUCUUCUUGUUGCUUAUGCCGGACCCCUCAAGGCUCGGAGAGCCCGUCACUGCCACCGUGCAUACCACAACUGCCGCGACCGUCACUGCUUUCAAAUCCUGCCUGUUCAGAUUCAUUUCGCUUCUCUCUCUUCUGAAACGAAGAGCAUGCGAGCUUUGCGCCGUUGCUUCGCAGGUGCCUGGCUUUCUGGACCAUGGUGACGGCUUCGGCUCUGCCACUCGGCAAACAGCAGCCGCUUGA